AGGAUGUAGGAGUAUAUAUUAGCUUUUUUCCAUUGAUUAUGUUCCUGGAGGUCAUUUCUGAAACAGACUUCUAUUUCCUAAGACACCUUCCGAUUGUGUGAAUGAAAUAUCGGUGGAAGAAACGUUAGACCGCUAAAAAGUCUGUAUAAAAUCUUACGCUAGUAAGUCUGUGUACUGCCGUAGCCUGUAAAGAAUAAAAAAAUUAGUGUAGACAGUCUAUAAAACCGUAGAUAUGGGUGAAAUUUGUUUAUACUAUCAACUGGAAUAACAAAUCACCUGUUUACAUAUACAAGACCAAAUUACCUGUAACGUCAAAAUGACAUGCUAUCGCUUGAAUUCAUAUUACGGUAUUCCAAGAGGUCUUCCCAGAAAGCCUUCAAGGUCUUGCCUUAUUCUUCGAAACUACUGCACUCUCGCUAUGGUCAAACUCUACUCUGUAUUUCAAGACAAGAAGACCAUCAAGAACGCCUUUGCCAUCUUCGCUGUCGUAGCCUUUGAGCAAGUAGUAAGCAAAUACGGGAUAAACUGUCGGAAUGCCUUACUAUGGCUGUACGUGCCCCCAGGGGUCCUGUUCUUCCUUGCUGUCAUCAAAUCAAAAAACAUCCUCUUCCUUGUGAACCGAAAAACUUCCAAGGAGAAGUGUGUAAGUCCAGAGAUGAUAGGCUAUGGCGUUGCGGCAUUUCUGUACUUGGUUUUGCCAUCUAUCGCUUGGAUAAUCUCUGCUUUUCUGAACACUAAGAUUUGGGUCUGCUAUCGGGCUGGAUUUGACGAAUGCGGUGUUGUCAAGAAGUGUUCGGACGAUGAGAAGUUUGCAUGGAAUAUGCUUCAAAGGGAUGCAAAGUUUGAGUCGCAGAAUAUCGGUUUGCUUCUCCUCUCAGGGGCGAUAAUAGCACUAGCCGUGAUCACGUGGCUUAACCAUCUGCUGUUCGCCAGGCCUCUAAAGGAGCGGGAGCUGAAUGACUUGGUGCGCGAGGCCACGCGUGGCGUCCUCGAGAGACACGUGAUCGACAGAGUCAAGCAGAAGUUAGAGGAGCUUGACGACAACAUUAAGAACACUUCGCACAACACACCCAGCGAGCCGGUGGAAACGCCCAAGUCUCCGGACACUACGAAAGAACUUUUACACGAUUUAAAAUGGAAGAAGGCCGUAUGGCUCAGAAAGGUGGAUCACAAGAUAGACAUGUUUCUAGACGAGUUCCUCGUGUUAGACGCUGUCAAGAUGGUUUAUCCUGAAGUCUAGGGCACGAGAGAACGAAACACGAACUUUUACCAGAUAAUUGGGGUUUUGGUAUUUUAGUUCGAUUUGAGGCCCGAAUGAUAUAUCUGGAGAAAAUUGCGUUAUUUUAAACAUUGGAAAAGAAGAUCGAAAUGCUUAUGAAGCGCGAUAUACAAAGGAUUAUUACCUAG